AUGGCUCGUGACUAUAUCAGAGUUAAGGACUGGAUGUAUGUGAAUCGUGAAAAACGUACAAAGCCUGAAUUCAUUGAAGGAGUUGCUUCUUUUAUAAACUUUGUACGUGAACACGAUAAGAUCCAACGUGGCAUGAUUCUUUGUCCGUGUAGCCAUUGCGGGAAUACUUUGCAUCGCAAAGAGGAAGAUGUAGAACUUCACAAUGUCAAGUAUGGUUUUAUUAGAGGUUAUACAACUUGGGUAUAUCACGGAGAAAUUCUAACUCCUAUUAAUGUCGAAGAAGAAGAAGAAGAAGUUGACGAUAUUAACUUGUUUCCAGAAGAGGAGAUGGAGGAAAUGGUAGAGGUUGCUUUCGGUGACCCUAAUCAUGUUGAAGAUAGUCCUCCCAGACAAGAACAAUAUGUAGAUGAGUAUGAGAAGUACAUGAAUGAUGCUAGGAGACCGAUUUAUGAGAAUGCAAAACAUUCCACGCUGUCAUGGUUCGUUCAACUUUUCCAGAUUAAGUGCCUAAACAAAUGGAGCAACAAGUCAUUCACGAUGCUUCUUAAAUUCCUAAAAGAUUCUAUGCCUGUUGGGAACAAUGUCCCUGAUAGCUGGUAUGAAGCUCAAAAGAUAAUGUCUAAUCUGGGUUUAAAUUGUGAGAAGAUGCAUGCAUGUCCCAAUGAUUGUGUACUAUAUUGGAAAGAAAACUCAUAUAAGAAGGAGUGUCCUACUUGUGGAGUGUGCACAUAUAAGAAGAAGGCACAUAUUAGCAAGAAUAACAUACCUCUCAAGGUAGUACGAUAUUUUCCUAUUACACAGAGGUUGCAGAGACUUUACAAGUGUAAGAAGACAGCGGUGGCAAUGACCUGGCAUGAUCGUGCUCUUCCAAGUGAAGAUGGCAAAAUGAGUCAUCCAAGAGAUUCACCUGCAUGGAAGAAUUUUGACAAGUUACAUCCAAUAUUUAGUCAGGAUCCUCGUAAUAUCAGGCUCGGACUAGCUAGUGAUGGCUUUUGCCCCUUUAGUUUUAAUGGUAAUCCACACAGCACAUGGCCGGUUGUAAUGAUGAUUUAUAAUCUCUCACCGUGGCUGGCUAUGGAUCAAUCAUAUUUUAUGAUGCCUCUUUUGAUUGAUGGACCCAGUUCACCGGGAAAUAAUAUCGACGUUUAUCUCCGACCUCUCAUCGAAGAGUUACGGUCUUUAUUCAUUGAUGGUGUGGAGACAUAUGAUGCAGAUAAAGGGGAAACCUUCAUAAUGCGUGCAGCCUUAAUGUGGACAAUUAAUGAUUUUCCUGCAUAUGGAAUGCUAUCAGGAUAUUCUGUACAUGGUUAUAAAGCAUGUCCAUAUUGCCACGUGGAUACAACAUCGACAUGGUUGCCUUUUAGCAAAAAGAUAUGUUAUUGUGGUCAUCGACGUAUGUUGAAAGAAGACCAUCUCUAUAGGGAUGAUGAUGUUCACUUUGAUGAAGAUCGAUCAGUGAUGGCUCCUCAUCAGACGCGACGCCUCAACCAGAGCUCAGACGACUAUUGUGCGUAUAUCACCAGUAUGGAGAAGAAAACGAGCAUGUGUGAGGGACCUCACUUCCCUAAUCUUCAAAAUAUGUUCCGCGAGGAGAAGCCGAAGAAUCAGAAACCUAAGGCUCAGGAGAAGAUGCUGGCUACCACUGGACGAUUUGGCCGAGCUGAGCACAUCGAGUAUGAGAUCAGUGGAACAAGUUGUGAGGACGAAGCGAAGGUGGAUGUGUGA